AUGCCUGAUCCCGCCAAGUCUGCACCAGCGCCUAAGAAAGGCUCCAAGAAAGCCGUGACCAAGACUCAGAAGAAGGACGGCAAGAAGCGGAGGAAGACCAGGAAGGAAAGCUAUGCCAUCUACGUGUACAAGGUGCUCAAGCAGGUCCACCCUGACACCGGCAUCUCCUCCAAGGCCAUGGGCAUCAUGAACUCCUUUGUCAACGAUAUCUUCGAGCGCAUCGCAGGGGAAGCCUCCCGCCUGGCUCACUACAACAAGCGCUCCACCAUCACCUCCCGGGAGAUCCAAAACCAGAGGAAUGUAGUCACGUGUACAGGGAAGAGGACGAGACAAAGGGAGAAAAGACCAGAAGAGCGGGAAUUCCAAGUUAACUGCGUUGAUCAUCCAAUGAGCGAACAUUCGUGUCUAUAA